CAUGCACAGACUUAAUUAUAAAUACAUAUAUAUAUAUACGUAUAGAGAGAGAGAGAGAGAGAGAGAGAGAGGGGAGAGAGAGAGAGUUUGUGUGUGUUUUGACAAAUGGGGAGAAGCGCUUGCUGUUCAAAGGAGGGGUUGAACAGAGGAGCUUGGACUGCUAUUGAAGAUAAAAUUCUCACUGAAUACAUUAAACUCCAUGGUGAAGGCAAGUGGAGAAACCUCCCCAAAAAAGCAGGUCUUAAGAGAUGUGGGAAGAGUUGUAGGCUUAGGUGGUUAAAUUACUUGAGACCAGACAUCAAGAGAGGCAACAUUUCUCCUGAAGAGGAAGAGCUCAUCAUCCGUCUCCACAAGCUACUCGGCAAUAGAUGGUCGUUGAUAGCUGGGAGACUUCCAGGGCGAACAGACAAUGAAAUAAAGAACUACUGGAACACCAUUUUAGGGAAGAAAGCCAAAGAUGGUUAUCAAAUCUUGUUUCCUCACACCAUUAACCACCGUUCAUCAAAUCAUGAUCAUCAUCAUCAUCAGCAGCAGCAGCCUAAUUUGACACAUAGAGAAAAAGUUGCUCCAAACACGGCCUCUCCAUCCUUAUCAUCAAAGAAAGAGCAGUCAUCACGGGUGAUCAGGACUAAAGCCUUCAAGUGUGCCAAAGUUUUCAUCAACCCAUCUCAGCCGUCCAACCCCGAUCAUCAUCAUCAUCACCACAAUCAUGGUAAUGCCUUGACAGGACCAUUGAUGUAUGAUAACAACAAUACUGGACCAACUGAUGACAAGUCAAUGGAGGAGGAGCACAACAAUAACAUGUUGUUUGGUUGUAGAGAAACUGAUGAUAUGAUGGAUUUCAGCAUGGGAGAGCUCUGGUCCUCAGAUUUUCUUAACUCGGAGUUUUUAAGUUCUUAUGAUGAUCAAUUGAUCAAUUGUGGCAACAACAACAACGAUUUAUCGGCCGGUCGGCGGUCGAUGAUCAUCGAUGAAAUUCUGCAGGAGGACGGGGCCAAUAUCGGAGACUGUCUUGAACCAAAUGUGGAUGGAAAGAACUCACAUUCCUUCAAUUUGGAAGGAGACUGGUUUGGCUAAUUAAUCUCAAUACAUUCCUGUUUCUAGUCUAGGUAUGGUAAGUGAUAUAUGCCUAGUUUGAUAAAGCUUUUUCAACGUAGUAGAUAUGCCAGUAGAAAUGAUGGUAACAUAAAUGUUGGACAAUUUUAGUAGCAGAUAUGCUACUUAAAUGCUGUGUAAUAUUUGGUUGAACUUUUGUUGGUAACAUUUUUGCUGUGUAGCAUAUUAUGAUAAAUUACGGUAGGAGUAUUAUGUAA